CCAUCAUCAAUUUCCCACUCGUUCCGUCGUGUCAGCGGUUCUUCUCGGACUUCAUAAAACACCUCGCCCAGAACCAUAUUCUGAGGCACAUGUGGUGACUUGCAGACAGUCCUUGCCGCCGCCAUGGCUCCUCGAGAGGAUCUGAUCACGUCCGCCGUGACUUUCCUUCAAGAUCCCUCUGUCGCCUCGGCGCCGCUGGAAAAGCGCAUUGAAUUCCUCAAGUCCAAGAACCUCACUCAAGAAGAAAUCGAUCUUUCACUCGCCAGAGCCAGCGGUCCCGAUCCCUCCUCUCAACCCGUGCAGAAUGCAUACUAUCCUCCUCCAACUCAACAGGUCCCACGCGGGCCCCCAUCACAGCACUACCCAUAUCCUUACAAUCCCUACGGUGACCAAUGGUCACCACCACAGCCUCCACCGGAGCCUCCUCGACGGGACUGGCGCGACUGGUUCAUCAUGGCUACAGUGGUGUCCGGCGCCAGCUACGGUCUGUAUGUUCUCGCACAGCGUUACAUAAAGCCACUGAUCGCACCUCCGACUCCCGAACAACUCGAGCAAGAUAAAGCUUCAAUCGAUGAACAGUUCAACAAAGCGUUUGCCUUGCUUGAUACCCUGUCAGCCGACACCGCCGCCUUGAAAGAAGCAGAAGAACAACGCACGCAGCGCCUCGACUAUGCUAUUGCAGAUAUCGAGACGAUCGUGGCGGACCUCCGAGCCGCCAACAUGCGCCGCGAAGAUGACGCACGACGCUGGGAGAUGGAGAUCAGCUCCAUGAAAUCGACCAUUCCCCGCAGCAUCGAGAAUGUGCGCGAUGCAAGCGAGAAGCAACUCAAGGAACUCGGUACUGAACUCGGCAGCCUCAAAGCCCUCAUGGGUAACCGUUACGGCAGUGGUUACGGCAGCGGUUACGGUAGCGGCUCGAACAGUUUGACACAAAACAUUCCAAAAUCCCAGCCUGGUAUCCUGCCCACGUCGAGCAGUGCUUCAACUACCCCGUCAACGGAGACGUAUGGUGCAAACCAAACUCGGCCGCCGCCUGGAUACGUCCCGGGAAACCCUUACGCUAUGGGAGCGCCCCAGUCGCCUAACUCAACAAAACCACCGAGUGCGGCCACCUUCCAAACUGCCAUCACGCCUCUCGCCCAAAGCCUGGGCCUCGAUCCUAAUGCGGGUGCCAAUGCGAAUAAUGCGAACAAUGCGAACACGAGUAAAUCCGCCAUCCCGGCGUGGCAGAUGGCUGCGACCAACAAAGCGAAGGAGGCCAAUACGGGUGCGCCAACGACGAAUGGGACGAGCGAUAAAGCACAGCAACAGCAGCAACAAGAAGAUGGCGCCGAUGCCGUCGCCGCACUUAAUGCAAGCUAGUCUCCUAGGUACCUACUAUGUAUUUUCGUACUCGUGUCUGAGAAGGGAAUUGUCGUAAUGACAGCACAAAAUUUCAUGCCAUGUUGGGAUUUUAUGAAUAAUCUUAACCCGAGAGAACAAUUGUUGUAUCUAUGUACCUUUUUACAUCAACUAAAUUCUCUGUCUUCAC